AUGGACAAUUUUGACGCCCUCCAGCGGGAGGUCAAGCUGGCACACCAGCAAGCUCUCGAAGAUGCGCGGAAGACAGCCGAGGAGAGCCAGCGUGUUGCUGUUGAGACGGCCGAAACCAGCGAGGCCCAAAUCCAAGCUCUUGAAGCGGCGCAGAAAACUGCCAACGAGAACCACCGACUUGCUCUUGAAGCCCAGAAGACAGCCAGUCGUGCUCUUGAAACGGCGCUGAAGGAAGCCAAGGACGAGUACGCACAGCUUACCACAACGCACAACACCCUACUGUCUCGCCAUGAUGCAACAGAGGACGCGAUCGAGCAUUGGUUCAAUAGAACAAUGGGGUGGUUGCCCAGAGGACAUUGGCAGGAUCUAUUCGAGAUGUUCUUACGCACCAAAGGGUGCCAGGCACCAAGCACCCAAAGGUCAACACGUCGGAGCCUAUGGACAGGGGAAAGUCCGUGGACCGUCGACGCUCCAUGGACCAAGGACCAGGCAGACCUCUACCCACUCAAGUACUCGAUGUAUGAACGGACCGUAUCUUUGUUCUACGUCUCGCAUCGGUCACCUUGGAGCUCGGAUGAUAACCAGAGAGCCUUUGACCUGCUCCAGAUGAUAUCAAUACAAAUGAGAACCGGACCACGUAUGGACACUCGUACCCGCAUGACCAUGCAAAAGAUCUUCCGCGAGAUGGGCACGCAACUGGUAAACGCCCCCGCCGUUGAUGACCGAAUCUCGCGCACGCUUGUGGUCUUCGUGGUCAGAGAACUCGCAGCUGCGCUGGGUAUCGACCACGACUUCCAACAGAACUUGCGUGGUGAGCCUCACAGAUUUGUCGAAGAGGUGCUAUCCCGCAUCGAGGGGGCAAAUGGAGACUCCGAGAUGGUGAAGAGAAAGCUGGGAUAUCCAAACGGUCCGGGAAGAUUCCGCCAGGACGGUGCCCUUUGCGGCAAGUACGGGUUCUUCUCGGCCGAGGAGGCCGGAACCUGGGGCCAGUGGCUCCUGGUGGACUUUGAGGACCACACCAUGCGCAUGGUCGAGAAGGGUGCCGCACCACUCUGGAGAGGCUGCCCGUGGGAAGGGGUGUCUUUACACUCAUGUGACCUGGGUCGUUGGGCGGGUAUUAGAAUCGAGAACAUGCCGGUCACGCUAUACUUCGUUUGGGGCGUAUUCAUAGCGGACUGCACACAGGAAUCGUGGGACGGGAUGAACGCAUAUCUUGCGGAGCUCAGGAGCGACCCCGAGUUAGCCAGACGUGUGGCGGAAAUCCAGAGCGACCCCGAUCCGCAGCGCAGGUGGGAGGAGGAGAUGAAGAAGCUGGAAGAGAAUGAUUUGAGGCAGGUAAUGAAGAUCAGGAAGCUGAGGGAGGAAAGAGGCCGGCCUGUCGAUGACAUCUCGGAGUAG